GGCAAUAACAGUUGAAAAAAAAUAUUUCUUCUAAACAGAGCUCUGUCGGGAAUAAGAUAAAUAAAUCUUUAAUAAUGUCAAAGUUAUUUUCUGUGCUUUUAGUCCUGGCUGUUUUAGCAUCAUUUACUUUUGCCGUACCCGUGCAGAGAAAAAUUUCCAUGCCCGAGGGUGACCUCUCCGCUGCCGAUUCCAUCGGCUAUGGCUACUAUGCGGCUCCUAUUCCAGCGUACUACGCUGGAUAUGGUGGAUACGGAGGCGGAUAUAAAUACGGAGGAUACAGCGGCUAUGGUGGAUACCGCAGCUACGGAAGUUACUAUCGUCCCCGAAUCUAUUCCGUCUGGGGCUAAAGCGAUCCCACUCCAUGAAUACUCGAUCCUUAAAUUAACACUAAAUAUGCAUGGCAUAGCCGCAGUGUCUAAAGAAAUUGUGAAAACUUCCCAACAAUACCUGCAAGUUUUUCGACUAAUGCCAUCAUACGAGUUUUUGACCCCAGAAACAAUUAACACCGCACCGGCAUAAUUGCAAUAAAACCAAAACAUA